AUGGACUCCUCCUACGACUCCUCCUACGAAAAGGCCCGUAUCCCUCUUCUCAAGGGUACUGAGGACUAUUUCUCAUGGUCAAGAGUCAUGAAAGCACGCCUUGAUAGGCUCAAAGCGUGGAGUCCUAUCGUAUCAGAUCCUCCUGUUAAUCGUGGCCGCACAAAAGCCCCUAUAACUCUUGCUCGAUUUCGAGAGCAAUUCGAUCAAUUGGAUCUUGACUUGGAUACCAAUGGAUGGAAUCAGCGCCAAUGGGAUGCUGCUUACGAGGACUACAAGGAAGAGAUUAGGGAAUUCAACGAGUGGCAAGAUAAGGAGAAAAUGGCCCUUUCUGAGAUCAUAGAACGGCUAUCUCCUGCUGUUCUGACUCGAAUGAACAGAUACUCCACUCCAAAGACCCUAUGGGAAGCCCUCGAGCAGGCGUACGCAGCUCCUCUCAUAACAGAGCAACUCCGAGCGCUCCAGAAUCUCCUAAGCCUUCGACGCUCGCAGUAUCCUGAUAUUCGUCAGUAUACUACUGCCUACAAGACUGCGUACGACCAUUUGACGUACAAUUUACGUUUCUCCUGGGAUCCAAUAACUCUCCCAACUCUUUUUCUUCUCUGGAGCGAAAAUAACGACUCCAACUCCUCCUCUAAUUGGUCGAAGUUCCUUGAGAAAUACAAGAAUGGAACAAAACUUGCUGACCCUGAGGAGCUCUACACUACCCUCCACGGGCUUGGAGAAGAUCCUAAGAAGGAUACUAAGAAGCCUGCACCAACAGCGAACGUUAUGACAGGCAAAAGGAAGCGAAAUGACGCCCCUCAAGGUGGACGCUCUAAGCAACAGAGAACGACGUCAAAUUGCUCCGAAUGCAGCAAAACGCACGCUCUGAAGGAGGGCCAAGUCUGCUGGUAUAAGCACCCAGAGAAGGCGCCAGAGGGAUGGCAGAAGAAGCACCCUCAUCUCCUUAACAAAUAA